GUCAUACAGGCUUAUGAAUCGAGCGACGAAUAAUCGCUCAUCCGUUAUUCCUCGGCCCAGCUGAGUGGAGCAACUUCGUCAUGUUUGCACGCGUGGGACGUUUAAAUGAGAGGCGGUUGUGUUUUUGCACCCUUGUCCGAAUUUGAGACUAAUUUUUGUGUUGUUUUUUGAAGUGAACGUAAGAAAACAGGCGGCGACUUUUAAGUAGCAUGCUAGCCAGACGCGGCUAAUGUGAAGCUAACGGCUAACCAUUAGGGUUCGUACUGUUUUGGUAUCGCAGUUCGUAUUGUCAAUACUGACGCAUUUGUYCAGGAUAUACGAUCAUCUAUAGUAACCCKUUUUCCCGUAAGGGAAUAAAUGUUAACUUUGUUAAAUAAGCAUUAACGUAGGGAUGAUUGUCAUCACUCCACAGCAUGCCUUGCCACCUGACAGCUAACUGUUUGCUACCUGUAUACAUUACGCUGCUAGCCACGUAAACUGCUUGGUGUUGACGUUGCAGGAGCAGCUAGAAAGCCUGUCCUCCCCAGGAGCUAUUUACAUUUUAAGUGACACCCAGCAUUUAUAUUGACCCAGAAAUCAUCAGAUGAAAACAGCAUUGACCCAAAAUGCACUAGCUGGAAUUGAAAAGGUGGCCAACUGGUUUCCUGGAUCUGUUGCUUGGAUCGGAUGAUGAAGCGGGUCUUCUGGCUGCUUUCAGGCUUAAACAGAAGAAUGAUGAAGCUACUUUUUGCUCUCGCUUUGAUCGCGUACAUUGCUUGUGAGUACAUUGUUUUGAUAUUCUUGCGCGCUUUAAAACUUCCUGAAAGUCGGCUGAUAAGAAUUGUGGAGGGCGCUGUGGCUCCUUUGAGAGAGAAGAUUCGUGACCUGGAACAGAGCUUUUCACAGAAAUAUCCACCGGUGAAAUUUCUCUCAGAAAAAGAUCGAAAAAGAAUUUUGAUCACAGGAGGGGCUGGRUUCGUGGGUUCCCAUCUGACUGACAAGCUGAUGAUGGAUGGCCACGAGGUGACCGUGGUCGACAACUUCUUCACAGGGAGAAAACGAAACGUGGAGCACUGGAUCGGUCACGAAAAUUUUGAGCUCAUCAAUCAUGAUGUGGUGGAGCCGCUUUAUAUAGAGGUGGACCAGAUCUACCACCUAGCGUCUCCGGCCUCCCCUCCUAACUACAUGUACAAUCCCAUCAAAACACUCAAGACGAACACAAUUGGUACUCUGAACAUGCUCGGGUUGGCAAAACGAGUGGGUGCAAGACUUCUGCUGGCCUCUACAUCUGAAGUUUAUGGAGAUCCAGAGGUGCAUCCCCAAAAUGAGGACUACUGGGGCCACGUGAACCCAAUCGGUCCCCGAGCUUGCUACGACGAGGGGAAACGUGUAGCAGAGACGAUGUGCUACGCCUACAUGAAGCAGGAAGGUGUGGAGGUGAGAGUGGCAAGAAUCUUCAACACGUUUGGUUCCCGGAUGCACAUGAAUGACGGACGGGUCGUCAGUAAUUUCAUCCUUCAGGCGCUACAAGGAGAACCUCUCACUGUGUACGGUACUGGAUCCCAAACUAGAGCCUUCCAAUAUGUAAGCGACCUGGUUAACGGYCUCGUGUUGCUGAUGAACAGCAACAUCAGCAGCCCAGUCAACUUGGGAAACCCAGAAGAACACACCAUAUUGGAGUUCGCCCAACUCAUCAAGAGUCUUGUUGUGAGCCGAAGUCAGAUCCAGUUUCUGUCGGAGGCCCAGGACGAUCCCCAGAGGAGGCGACCCGACAUCCGAAAAGCCAAGAUGAUGCUCGGCUGGGAACCCGUGGUGCCGCUGGAGGAAGGUCUGAAUAAAACUAUUCAGUAUUUCAGCAGAGAACUGGAACACCAGGCCAACAAYCAGUACAUCCCCAAACCUAAAGCMGCCCGCAUGAAGAAAGGAAGGCCCAGACACAACUGAGCAGCAGCGGUCUGCUCUGCCAAACACUCCUCCACCGUCAGACAGGAGCUUCUCUCUGAUGUACCCUGCUGAGUAGAGCACUUUUUGGGAACAGUGUCCCGUUGUUGGGUCACGGAYGUGGCUUUUCUCUCUGAGCUCUCUUUAAAAGCGGAUGAUGCCUUGUGGUCAGAGCGGCAGCUGUGAUUUGGAGAGGUYUCCCUCCCCGAAGUUUUCAAAACUGAUGGACCAGCCUGAAUCAAAGAGGCUACCUGCUGGAGCGGAAGAUUGGAAAUCCAGCCCAUGUUUUGGGAGUGUUUUUUUUCGUGGACUUCUUGCUGUUCUUGCUAUAUUUAAUACACUGCCGUGAGAAUCCUGGYGAGCAGCUCCGACUUCGCGGAAACGAACGGCGUUCGUCAAUUUCGUGGCGUUUUGUGUCUGGAGAGCAGCCGUCCGAGUUCGUUUCCCCACUGGACGUCUUGUUGCGUCAGUCUGCCAGACCUGCACCGCACGGCGGGUUGUGGACAAAAUCCUCCAGAGCAACGGUUUACGGCGCCAUAAUUGUUUUUAAAGAUAUUGUGUUUGUGAAAUUUUCAUGUCACGGGUGUGCAGUAUCAUAUCGAUGUGAAGAUGCUAUUUUAAUAAAAUAUUUCCAGUGAUUUGCA